AUGAUAGCAAAUUAUAUAGAUUUAGAUCAUUGUACAUACAUACUUACAUACUUACAUACUUACAGAACAGGCUGUAGAUCUUUCAGUUCUACCGAAACUGACAACCGAAACUAUUGCAAAAUCUACUCUUCGUGUUCCUCCAUGUAUAUGUCGGGAGGAACUUUUGAUGCGGUUGGAUCUAAAGCAAAUGUCUGCUACUACCUUUGCUCUCUGUGUAAAGAAUAUCUAUUUUUUUCUUCCCCACUCUCGGCAUUGGAGAACAUGAGAAUUGUUAACAAGAAAACAGGUGGGUCAGUACAGAUACACAAAAAGAGAAAAGCGAUGUACAACAACAUAUAUCCAGAAAGAACGGCAUCUUCAACAUUGUCUAAGGGUGCAUCAGGUAAAAGACAAAGAACGAAGAGAUGUUUUAAGGUGACAACUACUUGCUACGUUACGUCAGAGUACAACUCUGAACCGAUGAGAUCAAGAAAACAAGAACAUAUCAUUUAA